AUGAAAAUCACAGACCUACAAAUGGACAUGCACAAGUCCAACUCUUGGCUCUACUACAAGCUCAGCAUCCAAACGUUGGGGCUUGUCCUCCGGUCUGGCAUCACGAUCACUAGACCCAACCCCAAAGCAGAUGCAAAGCUCCAAAUCACAUCAGGAGUACACCAUGGAGGGACCAUCAAGGUUAUCGUGGCCGGACUCCCUCGUACAGGCACAAUCAGCAUGAAACGCGCCCUUGAAGAGUUAGGCUACGGUCCAUGCUUCCACCUUGCCGAGCCCCUCUGCCAAUUCGACAACCUGUCCCAGAGCGCCGCAAUCGUCCACACAAAAGACACGAGUCUCCGGCGGCGCAAGCUUGCUAAACUCCUUCAAGGCUGCGAGGUCACUCUCGAGGUCCCCGGGAGCGCAUGCCUACCCGACCUCCUGGAAAUGUACCCCGACGCAAAAGUCAUCCUGACAGAACGCACCUCUGCGGCCGUCUGGCUGCGCUCAUGGCGUGGCUUUGGCAUCGAUCUGCGGUCUGACUGCUUUCGAUGGGUUGGAUACUGGGUGCCCGGCGUGGUGGCGGCCAACGAUCUCUACCGCGGGUGGAUGCAGCUUUCAGCUGAGCGAUUCGGCGUCGAGCCCGAGCCGUCGGAGAAGCUGUACCAUGCGCACAGUGCGUGGGUGAAGAGUAUUGUGCCACGGGAGCGGCUACUGGUUUUCAAGUGUCAGGAUGGGUGGGGGCCUCUGUGUGAGUUUCUGGGGAGGCAGAGGCCGAACCCCUUCCCGCACGGCAAUGAGGCGGGCUAUUUGCGGUAUUAUAAGCGGGUCGCCAUGGUGUUGGGGGUUUCUCUAUGGUUGGUUGUUCUUGCUAUGGCUUUCCUGUCGUUGCUUACUGUCUUUGCAUGA